AUGACGUCUUUUGUGAUUUUCUUAGGACUGUUUGUCUUGGUAUUCUGCCAGGAUGAAAUGCGUCAACUCCUGGAUAGUAACUGUGACCUUAAGCUUGAAAAAAGAGUAACUUCAGGAACUAAUGCCCGCCCGGGUACUACUCCUUGGAUUGCUGCCAUUAGCAAUAGAACUAAUUUUUUUGGCGGAGGCACGCUCGUUCAUCCACGUUUCGUAUUGACAGCCGCCCAUUGCAUUGAAAAUAAUAAACAAUUACUGGUCAGCUUAGGGAUGUACGACAUGACCUGCCCAGAAGAAAUGUGCCCAGAAAUAAAAAUUUAUGAAGUGAAAAAGGCCAUACCUCAUCCCCGUUAUAACGACAUUACCAAUGAAAAUGAUAUCGCUAUUUUAAAAUUGAGCGUUGAAGUGGUUUACAAUGAAUAUAUCCGAUCGAUCUGCAUUGUCACUGGUGACGGGCUAAAAACGUCGUCAAUCGUGAAUUUCUCGGCAUAUGGCUGGGGUGCAACGGAGAACCUUAACUUAAGCCCAAUCCUUCAGACCAUCAAUCUUUCCCACACACCGCAAUCUUGCUUAACGGUUUACAAUGAAUCGCAGAUCUGCGCUGGUGCCGAAAGAGGCGACACUUGCAAUGGUGACUCAGGUGGCCCACUGGUCGCCACUGGUCGUAUUCCCCUCACUGAUUGGGGUCACUAG